AUCGAUGUUAUAAUCGACUUUGUAUAUUCGAGAGCGCGUGUAGGCGUUGCUGACUUCACGUUUAUCCCGUUCGUAGUGUAAACAUUCCAUUGAAAAGAGAAAGGAAAAAAAAACAUGAACGGGAUAUUGCAUUUAUCUGUCUGGGUCUCGUAAUCUCCUUCGAGUUAUGAUUCACAGCUGCGUUUAUUUAUCACUUCAUUGUCGUCACCUAUCAGUUCGCAACUGCCACUCUGUCAUGGAUAGCUGAUUAGUAUUAUGCCAGACGUCGUGAAUAUAACGUCGAGGAAUUAUUUAAUAUCCAGCAUAAUUAUGACGCGUUAUUUAUAUUAUCUAAAAUUGUAGUGUCAAAGGGAUCUCCAGGCUCCUGUACGUCAAUUUAGAUAAUUAGAAUUUUUUAGAUCAUCAGAAUACAAUCCCGAAUUUGUAAUUCUUUAUUUUAUCUCAAUCGUGCAUUCUGCGUGUAUGUGUUCAAAAGAUAAAAAUAUCUUCUAAAUGCAAUAUUAUGUAAAGUAUAUAUUUAUGCAUUUAUUGAAACGAACGAAUAUAAUGCAGUGUUUGAUUUAAUGAUUAGGAAUUUUAUAAAUUGAUUAUUAAUAUUGUAAAUGCACAUGACAAGAGGUGAUUGAGCAUCCAGCGUCAUCAAAGAAAAAUAUUAAACAUGAAUGGACCAACAAGGGACGUACCAUGGGGUCUCCAAGGCUUCAAGUAUAUGUGCAAUGGCUGCUGCGAACAUCGUCGUGUCAAUCGAAUGGCCUGGCAUCAAGGAGGAAUACUGGCCCUCACUUAUUUAGCGUACACUUGUUACCAUAUGACUCGGAAGCCAAUAUCUGUAGUGAAGAGUGUCCUGACUCUCAAUUGCAGCAGUUUGCAACCACCUCCGGAUAUUCCAGUGAAUGACAGCAACCGUGACACUUGGUGCGACUGGGCUCCAUUUGACACUGAGGAUGCGCCAGCAUUACUCGGUAUGUUGGACUCGGCGUUCCUGUUCGCGUACGCGGCUGCAAUGUUUCUCAGUGGCUUUAUAGCGGAGAGAGCAAAUCUGCGGUACUUCCUUUCUUUUGGUAUGCUUGCAUCAGGCAUAUCGAGCUACCUAUUUGGAAUCGCGAAACCAUAUAAUAUCCAUAAUUUAUGGUACUUUAUUUUUGUGCAGGCUUUAGGCGGAAUUUUUCAAACUUCUGGCUGGCCUGGUGUGGUAACAGUUGUGGGAAAUUGGUUCGGAAGAGGCAAACGUGGUUUGAUCUUUGGAGUGUGGAACUCUCAUACGUCUUUAGGAAAUAUAUUAGGCAGUUUAAUUGCAGCCGCGUACGUCGAGUCCGAUUGGAGUUUGAGUUUUAUAGUGCCUGGACUGAUAAUGGGAGCAGUGGGAUUCCUCCUCUUCUUGUUUCUAGUGCCGAAUCCCGUCGAUAUAGGAUACAGCUCGCCAGCUUCUCUCGAAUAUCGGAAGAUCGACGUGACGAACAGUUCGGACGAUGAUCAGGCCGAUGUAGGUUCCGAUUCUCGUAGUAUCGGCGAGGACAAUUCGGAACGAUCAGAGACUAGCCCGAUGCUAUCAGGACACCGACGUAUGCAUAGCGUACCUCGUAACAACGCAAUCGGAUUCAUGGGAGCCAUAAAGAUUCCGGGUGUUAUCGAAUAUUCCUUAUCCUUGUUCUUCGCAAAGCUCGUUAGCUAUACAUUCCUCUACUGGUUACCAUUGUACAUUGAAGCUUCAACUAGGUACGGCGCAACUACGAGCGCGAUUUUAUCAAUUCUUUUUGAUGUUGGCGGGAUAGUAGGCGCCAUAGCAGCUGGUGUUGUCUCAGAUCUCAGUGGCAUGAGUGCUGUAACGUGCACUGUGAUGCUUGGAUUAGCAUGUCCUGCGUUAUUUUUAUACAAUUAUAUUGGGAACAUCAGCUUAGGCGUCAACAUAGUAUUACUACUAAUAGCAGGAGCAUUAGUAAAUGGUCCUUAUGCUUUAAUAACGACUGCUGUAUCAGCCGAACUAGGAACUCAUCCUAAUCUAGGAGAAAAUUCAAAGGCGUUAGCUACAGUGACUGCAAUCAUCGAUGGAACCGGCAGUAUUGGUGCUGCUGUUGGUCCGCUAUUGGCGGGUAUAGUGUCUCGAUGGGCUAAAUGGAAUAAUGUAUUUUACAUGCUUAUGUGCGCAGACUUAUUUGCUCUAUUGCUUUUGUCCAAAUUAGUUUAUCAAGAAAUAAGAUUGUAUGUGCAAAGACGGAGAGUCAUACAAAUUUAGAAACAAAACUUGCAAAUUAUUAUAUAUAAACAUGGAAGUACGCGAUUUCACGCGUUUUUGGAUCUGUGCUUGUAUUCUCUCAAAAGUUUAGAAAAAUGUUAUACAGCAUUCCCAAACAAGCCCAAAGUUGAAACAUAUGAGUCAUGUAAAUGUACAAAAAAAUAAAUCGUAUAUAUAUUUUUUACAGUAUUUUGUUGCAAUUGCUGUUGCAACACAUGUAAAUGCGAAUCGAUUUAAAAGGAUAACAGCAUUAUUAGGUUAAAAUUAAGAUUUUCUAAAAUAUUUGUUUCUUAAUCAUCUUAUAUAUGUGCUAUAAAAAAUUUUUCUUUUAAUUAUAUAUAUAUAAAUAUGAAAUGUUACGCGAAUUUAUAUUACGUAAGAUUAAUAUACAAAGAUUAUUUAAUA